ACAAAAUCAAAAAGGACUUGGGUGAAGAAAGGGCACUGUAUAAGAAGAAGAUUUGUUUUCACUACGUUCGGAUAGCUCGGGAAGGACGUACAUUUAUCGUCCUCUUGUUUUCCGCUAACAAACGCAUUUUCCGUUCUCUUAUCAGCAACGAUUAAACGUUGUAGCUUGUGUCCGCGGCGUGCGUGGCAACCAUCGAAGCAUAGACCUGUCGAUGAUGCGUAACGCAGAGUAGGCAAAGUGAAAAGAUUGUUUCCAGUGGCAACCCCGAAGGCCUAUUGUUUCUUGGUGUAAGGGUAUGGCAAGGGCAAACGGAAACCCGUAAACGGAGUCAGAAAGGAAUUUACAUCACUCCGUACACUAGCGGCAGUAGGCAAUUCACGCAGUUCCGAAGUGUUAACGAUGGCAUGAUUCAGUGCUAGGUUGGGGUGGGAAAAGUGAAAAAGUGUCAAUCGAAUAUAGAAAGGAAGGUGUUCCAGGCCUUCUCCUGGAAGGUGUGUGUGUUUGUGUGUGAUCAGCCUGAAUGUGUGUGGUCGAUUUUUACCCCUUGUCAUGUGCGAUGCACAUGCCAGCAUCGUCAUUCCCAGGCAUGUGAUAAGAAGGGUGGCAGAAGGGUGCAAGUGUUUCCGGAAGUAGCAGUGCUGCGACUCAAGUGCCGCUGGAAAGUUAGACCGGCCACAGAAAAAGUGUUUAUGUGUGUGAGAGAAAGAGAGAGAGAGAGAGUAAGCGAGCGAGGGUGGUAAAAUAAAGAAAAGCGCAUCCCAUACUUCCCCCCGAUAGUGUGUGCAGUGAAGGCAAUCGAAGGCGAAAAUCCGAGAGCCUUGGUCAAAGUGGCGCAACAAUGGUGUCCAUUAUAAAGAAUCAACUGCUCAAGCAUCUCUCCCGCUACACGAAGAACUUAUCGCCGGAUAAGGUGAACCUGAGCGCAUUCCGGGGCGAAGGUGAACUCUCCAAUCUGCAGCUGGACGAGAAUGUGCUGACGGAACUGUUGGAGCUACCCGCUUGGUUACGGUUGACGUCCGCUUGGUGCAAUCAUGUCUCGUUUCGAAUAUCCUGGACCAAGCUGAAAAGCACACCGAUUAUGCUGACACUUGAUGAGGUGAACAUAACGAUAGAAACAUGCGAAAUAGCACGGAGCGGAACACCAACCGCCGGGCUUUCCAGCCUGGCGGUACCUCAGGGGAAAUACAGCUUUAUACACAAGGUCAUCGACGGCAUUACGAUCGCGGUGAACACGGUGAACGUGAAUCUAAAAAGUCCCGCCUUUACCGCCUCGGUACAAAUGUCCCGAAUACGGGUGGAAUCCCGCACGCCCAAAUGGCUGCUCGGUGAUCUGCGCGUGACAAGACUGAAGGAUCCAACCCGCGGCAUGAUACUGAUCUUUAAGGAAAUUUCUUGGCAGACGGUACGCAUCGAGGCAAGCAGCACCCAGGACCUCAGCCUCACACCGUUGCGCCUCCUAACGAAUCAAGCCCGGUGUCGCAUCACGAUCAAGAAGCGGUUGACCGACUGUAGUAUCGUUGCCAGCCGGUUGGUGCUGAUUCUGGACGAUCUGCUCUGGGUGCUGACGGAUUCACAACUCAAGGCUGCACUCCAUUUCGUAGACUCGCUGACCGGCCUAAUCAAAGCAUCGACGAACGUGGUGCAGCGGGUAAAGGCACAGAGGAAGCUGGAAACGCUGCCCGAGUAUCAGGCACAGCUGGACCAAUCGAAGAAGGUGCCGGACACGCAACAGCUGUCCGCCGCCCAGCGUUACUUCAACAUUUACGACAUGCGGGAAACGUCGUAUCACUUCUUUAGUCAGCGCAUUGAUCUGCAUCUGUGUGAUGAUGUCGGUGUGGGACGGUCCAGCCAUCCUAACCUAACGGACGGUGGAGCAUUGCAGAUUUCCGUGCAGCGCUUCCACAUCGAUUACUAUCCGUACCAUUUGGCGAAAGCCGAUCGAUCCCACUGGCCAAAAUAUCGUGAGGCAAGCAUACCACCCGCGUUUUGGCUGAAGCAAUCAUUAAACACCUUCAGGGAAACCAUUCUAAACCUAAGUCAACCAAAUCGACCACCGCAGCAUGCAUCAUUGGAAAGAACAACAAACUUAGGUCAACAGCAAGCGACACCGGCAUCACCUGCACCGAUGGGGCAUCAGCGUGGCGCUAGUACGGCAGGCACCAACGGUACCAAUCAACCGGCAACCCAAUCCGUUCCCGGUACACCAACCAGUGGCAGCAGCCAUAGUACUGUUUCACCGAUGAAAAAACACGUCCUAGACAAUCUGGCAAAGCUAAUGUGUGCCUGCGUAGUGAUGAAAAUCGAAGAGUUUACACUGUACCGCGUGACGACGUCCGGGAACAAACAGAUGCCAAAAGAGUUUGUUGCAGCUCAAAACAAGCGGAAGAAAGCUGAUCGGGACAGAGUACCACCGGAUAUGGCUACACUACAUGCAGAAUUUACGUACUUUUACUACCCUGGAGACUUUGUCUUUCCAUUACCACCCUCGAAAGCGUUCGUUCACAUCAACCCCGUACAAGUGCACUUUCACCUGGACAGUCUGCUCUGGCUGAGCUCGUUCAUACUGAACCUGCAUGAGAGCCUUCUGCGUACGAACAACGUCACGAGCGGGCUCAAUUCUCCGUCCACACCUUCCAGCACGACGGACAGCGAACAGCAACCCAACAUCAUGUACAUGGACGUGAAGGUGGAAUGCAUCAUGCCACGGUUAAUAUUCGAAGCCGCUCCGGGUGCACCACAGCAACGGGAUCGACCAAAAGCGAUGCACGUCGAAGUGUCACGGUUUGCUCUGACCAACAUCCGGGAGACGGGUUCAUCGCGGGCGGAUCUUGCCCAAGCAAUAUCGUCACUGCAGGAGGGUAGUCUUGUGUUCGGUUCCGGCUUUCCUUCGAAACCGGGCGAUUUGUGUAUCGUUACCGAUCGGAUACUGGCACACAUAGCGGCAACGGAUGUGGGCGGAGGGCUAAAUGGAACGGUGUUGAACGGAGACGAUGGGCUGCAAUCGGCUUUUAGCAAUCUUACACGUUACGCGACGUGGCGGGAACCACGGGAUGUAUGGUGUUUGAAGCUGGAUCCCGUUUGGGUGGAGUUUUACGGUGCCCGUUCGAUCGGUCCAAGCCGAGCGAUACCAUUUGUCGAUGCGGUACCGGUUACAAUUUGGCUGCAUGGACGCUCGGAUGAAAUACCCGAACUGAUUGCACCGGAGGCCAUUGUCGGUGGUGUGGAGCGAGGCGAUGUUAGCAAGCGUAUUCACAAUAGCAAUAAUUCCAUUUCCAACAAAUCGAGCGAAAGCAGUCUCAUCCUGUCCGUUAGCAGUUUAAAACAAUCACUAGAUUUAGAGUCGACGCCACUCGGUAGCAGCUACUGGGGUGGUGCUGGCAGUACGGUGCUGGAUGAUGAAAAGCGCAAACGUUUUUCAACCGCUUCGGUGCAGGGGUGUGAGGCGAGAACCCAACCGCAGCUGCCCACGGCAUUUCCAUCGGUCGAGGCGGACAGUGAGACGGACAAUCGGAUGGCCGAUCUGCACGUCAUCGCUCACGUUUCCAACCUAGUUAGUGUUCAAAUCGAUCAUUAUCAGUAUCUGUUUUUGCUUCGGCUGGCCGAAGAGUUGACUGAGUUGGCCACAUUUCUGUCGCUCGAUUCGAAGCGAAUUUUGCAAGCGGCAAAUACGGAAAAAUCGAUUAUUGUUGGCUGUGUGAUACCGCAGGUGGAAGUUUCGCUCGUGAUGCCUUCCCAAACACCCGGCAAGGAGUCGAGUGGUGGUGACGGUGAAAGCGUAUUACCAGAUUCGGCCAGUUUAGGUUCUGGGUGGCCAAAUUCGAUGGACCAAACAAGAAAUUCUAACAUUUUUAGCAGUACCGAAUGUCCCUCCCCAAUCGCAACAGAACCACCGGUGGAAGUACAUCACAUUUCCAAUCCCAAUACCCACGGACACAAUGUACAGAUACAAAGCAUACCGACGACUUCCUCUACGUCGGGCGUUGCCUCGGUUGAAACGCCGUCCUCUUCUUCGAUCAUUGUAACAGCUCGAACCGUCGGUGCUACGAAUGUGACGACCCCAAUCCAGGCUCAGCAGGUUAUAAUACAGCCACAAUCGAAGGCGCGCAAUUCUACCACCGAUUCGUCGUCAUUCUCGAAGGAUAUCAACUCCGGUCUUAGCUCCAUGAAGAAGGGCUUCUCGCAUCUGAUGACCUCGAUCGAUUCUGCGCUCAAGACUAACACGUCGGAUGAUAUCAGCGAUACGCUAUCGGUACAGUCGGAUCUUAGCUCCGAUUCGGAACUGCAGCGUGUUCUGGAUGAUACGGAAAAGACAACCGAUUGCUUGGACGCCAUGUUUAAGUUGUAUCCGUUCGGGCAGGAAAGCACCAUAAAAAUGGCUCCGAUCGAGGUGGCAAGUGAGGUGUGUGAAGAUCCGUUCCUGACAAACAUGUCCUCACCGUCCGAUCCGUCCGAAAGCAGCAGUCUAAAACGACGAGAUAUCGUAUCGAUGGUGACGUUUAGAUUAACCACCGUGGAAGUUAUUCGCCAGAAUGUUGGAAAUGGUUCGUCACUCCGAUUGCAGGUAUCCGCGAUAAGCUGUGAUGAGUGUGGGGCGAUACCGUGGGACGAAUUUCAGGGUGGCCACCGUAAGAGCAAGACCAAGUUCGGAACUAGAUGUAGAGCAUGGAACAUUGCACCGCAUAAUCCGGAAGCACCGCCUUGUGUUGCGAUUAGAUUAGAGGAAGAGCUCACCCUGCCGGCUGAUUCGUGCAAAAUCACUGACAAGAAGACAAUCCUGAGCUGGUUCAAGCGCAAGCUGAACGUUGAGGUAAAAGAUAUAGAUAUGCAGCUGUCCAUGAGCACCGUCGUGGGUUUGGGUGAUCUGGCCGAGGAUGAAAUGAUACCGACACCGAUACCGAUGGAGGUGACGGUGGAGAAUGUAAAGAUCAAUCUGAUAGAGGAUCGUCCACCGGUUAACAUUACAUCGCCGGGAUCGUUGCCGGUCAAUCUAGCCAUCGGACGGGUGCUUCUAACACGUGACGAAGCAGGUGUAUUCUACGUGCAGCCUACGUUCGGUAGCAAAGCGGACGACAGCGUGGACAGUGGCAAACGGAAGCUGAAUCGUUCCGACACCGAGGUUAAGCGAGAACGCGAUCGUGAGGUAAAAUCACUACAUCUGGUACUGCAGCAGCUGAAGCAGGACAAUGACAGUCUAAAGAAACAAUUGACUGAAAACGAGCGAACGUCGGAAAGCAAUAGGAUGAAAGUUCGACAAGAGAACGAAGUACUGAGAAACUACCUGAAGGCUGCCCAGGACGAUAUCACUACACUGCUUGACGAGAAGCGUACCUUGAUGGCGACGAUCAAAUCGCUUCAGGAUCAGCUAACAUCGUUGAGUGACGUGCAGCUGGGCCAGCAGGACGGCAAAAGAUAGCAUAACUGCAUGGACUGUAUACAGUGCUGCGGUGAAAAUCCAUUCUAAGGCCGGUACGCAUCGUGUCCGGCAGCAAUGGAGUCUUGAAGGAUGGCGAUGGAGAUGACCAGCUGCUUCCAUGCGCCUUCUUAAGAGUACGAAUUAUAACGUGGUGGUAUAUGAGGUGGUAUAUGGUGGACUUUAGUCAACGAGCAAGAACGGGCAACGUCUAGUGUGGUUUGUUCCAGUUUAUCACAUGUUUCGGUUCCUAUUCUUUGCUAGCUAGGAAUUGCUCCAAAGAGAAAAUGUGUUAUCCUGUUACUGUUUCUGUUGAUCAUACUUUGCAGGAGGAAUGAAAUGUUACGUGAGUGAAUUGCAUUUGAUACAUGUGUGAAUGACUGCUGUCCAACAUCAGGCAACUAAACGUGAAAUGAAUCUAAUUGUACGUUAGACCGUACUAGCUAGUCCGCAGCAUCUUUUACCCCACCGUUUGUAGCAUGUAUGAGUAAACAGUCUCGUUUUGUGGACGAACAGUCUACACAACCGAUCAUGUUCGAUGAUCGCCCUUCAUUUACAAAAAAGGCUUAAUGUAUGCUUAAAAAGUAUUCGGUGAGAAACGGUUGUUAUCCUGUCUAUUGUUACUGAUUUGUCAAAAAAGGAAACAAAAACACAACCAAAUAUCAAUGCGUUAUUGCCAUGAAUUGAAUGAAUUCGUUUUAAAACUGUUCAACCAAAAAAAAAACAAAAGAAAGUAAAGAUACAUACACGCUUGCUGUACAUUGUGUGAUGCACAACAGAACAUGCUAGCAAUAACAAAUACUGUGCUAACGUGUCUUUACCGAUCGUUAGGGAACGAACAGGCACUUGUAUGGGAAAUAUGUUGUCUUACUUAAAUACCCAUUCCUUCCAAACACGUUGUGAAUAGAAUGCACUACUACCGUUACAAUCUUGUUUUAGCAAUAGCGAUGAGAUAGGGAACGAUUUAGCCAAGAUUAAGUGUGAUAUUAAUUUUACCUGCCGUUUUGUUUCACUGUCAGAUGUCCCGUACUAAGCUAGGUAAGCGUUAAACAGAAAACCGAAACGAAAACGUGUUGAAAGUACAGAAGCGUCGUAGCAUAGUUAACCAUUUCCCGCACAGGCGGGAGAACAGUCAACAUAAAACUUAUAUAUUUAGGAUAGGAAUUCGCAAUACACAAAACAAUGGUGCGGGAAUGUUUACGAUAAAGUUUGUUCAGCACAGUGGUAAGGGAAAUUGAAACAAUGCAACAAGUGCUAGUGUGUAAGUGAUAUGAUGAUGCAACUAUUCCCCAAAAUGCAACUGCAUUGAUGAGUGACGGUUUUUAGUUAACUCUUUCUCUCGUGAUACACGAUUAACCCUUAUCCUCCGUAGCUAGAGUUCGUUGUACAAAAGGAAGAUGCAAUGUGUGGAUAUAUUUUGAAGUACCAGAACGGAACGAAUUAUACAAAAAAAAACAGACAGGCACUAGAAUAGGAAUGAACCAAAUAUAUUAUACACGCGGCAUACGAAACC